ACUAAGUGGGUUGGGAAUCGUUUUGGGUAACUGUACAUAUCCUGUGUUUAUAAAACAACCGUGAUUAUUGUAAACAAAUUUUAAACGAAGCUUGCAUUCAAAAAAGCAUUAAGUCUACAUUAAGUGAUAAAUAAUAAAUUGUAAAAUAACAGAACAGAAUGAUGUUAAAUUAAAUAAUCUACAGUCCAGUUUAAUACGUCCGGAGACACAGUUAUAAGCUUCAAUAGAUCAAGAUCAGAGGAUAUGUUUACGUUAUUAAUCUUUACGAAAAAUAAAUAUUAAAUCUGCUCCCUAUCGUUUGUUAUUAUGAUUUAACCUAUAAUUGUAGUACGUCCAUAAAUCUGUAUAUAUACAACCACGAGAUUUACUAUAAUACGUGAGCAUUCCUCAAUCCUCGUAUGCAUGUGUACUCGUGAAAGUUUAGUGGUAUAUACGUUAUCAUUUUGAAAUUCGGUCUUUCAAUCCUGUGCAAGAGACAGAUAUGAUAACUAGCAUUUUCUCACAAUCACACAUUUAUGCAUCCAUUAUACUUCAUCAAAUAUAAAUAAGGAGAAUAAGAGAAUGCCAUGGAUGAACACAACAAUGAUCCUUAUGAACAACAGCUUUAUGCUGUGUUCCAAAGUUGUUUAAUGAAGGGAGAAACUGAACUGCGGAACGACGACUGGCUUAACUUGUGUCGCAAGCUACAUCUGACAGAGUAUAGUGAAGAGUUGAAGUCGUGCAUUCAACAGCAUGCACAGGAGAAACAGUCUAUCUCAUUCCAAGAAUUUAGAACAGCUUUGUUAACGUUAUUAGGCAAGACCCAAGGAUCUGUUACGAGUACGCAGGAGGAUGCCAUAACAGAGUUACAAAACGAUAUCAGUCCGAGCAUCAUAGAUAGAAAAUGCGAUACGUUAGUACCUAAUAACUCCAGUUCCAAUGUAGAUUUUGUAAACAUAAAAACAGGUAUAGUGGUAGAUGAAAGUAGACUGAAGUGUUUGUGGGAGAAAAUAAAUCCGUAUUUAAAGGAAAAUAUAGACUCUGCGACGAUGGUUUUUAUAUCUAAUUGUUUAGGUAUCCCAGCUCUUCCAAAACAGAUCACUCAAUCGAUCUUCGAAAAAUUAGAUAAAAAUUGUGAUGGGCUAAUCAGCCUGGAGGAGUUUCUUGUUAUAUUCCAAAAUGAAACGAUGGAAGAUCAGUUAACGUUAGAUAGGCAUAAUGAGUUUAUGAGUCAGUUAACUAAAUUAGAUUCUAAGAAACGUAACUUCGAUGUACAUACCUCUCGCAAAUCUAGUUUCACGAGGAACAACGCUUUUCUGGAUACAUGCAAACUUUCUAAAAUAACGAACACAUCUUUGUUAAUCGAUGGAACUCUUAAAACUUCGGAAAUUUCCUUGGCUGAUCUGACAAUUACUUUAUGCGAUGAAUUAAAGAACUUUAAUCAUUCGUUAGAUCAGUCUACGAUUAGAUCGCACAUAAUGUUACGCGACGUUCUCAUGCUGUAUCAAGAAGAAUUACAUAAUUUAAACCUGUUAAUAGAAAAUUUGAAGGGGGAGAAAGAAAAAUUGCGUACUGAUAUUGUAGAAGCUAACGAACGCGCGAACACUCUGGCUCAAGAGAUUGAAGAACAACAAGCUCGACAAGAGAAAAUUGUACAGAAUGUACGGAAACAGGUCGAACAGCGUCACAGUGAAAUGAUACAAGAUCUGUCGAAUCAGUUAAAUUCUGAACGCGAGACGAAUGCUACUGCUUUGAAAUCGAAGGACGAUAAAAUUCAAUUGUUGCAAAAAGAAAAUCAAGAAAUUAGAAAUAAGUUUAUAACUACGUUGCAGGAGUAUCAAGUUUUAGAGUCAGAAAACGAGGUCCUUUGUAGCCAAAUCGAGAAACUGAAGCAAUCGAAUAACGAACUGAUAACUCAAAUCAAAAUGUUAGCAGCAGAACACGAUGAGUCUGAAAAUGUAGAAUCGAAUCAUCAACAAGAGAUUGUAUUUUUGGUGGAGCGUAUUAAACGGUUGCAAUCCGAAGCCGUUCUUCUACGGGACCAAAACGACGAGCUCACAGCUGAAUUAGAGAGCUUGAAAUUGCACGAUUCCUAUACUAAAGACACGAGAGAACUCGAAUUUUCUAGCGGUCGUACGGCGAGUCAUACCACAAGCGUACAAUCUAAUGAGAUUGAAAAUGGAGAAUCGUUUAUAGUUGAAGAAGAAGACGAUUUAGAUGUAGUUUUAAAACAUUCCACGUCUUUGCCUUACAAUACCAACGAAGAGGACAGUGAAGAAAAUUGCAGAACAGCGAAUUUAAAACAAUUCAAAGACAUGGUGAUGAAACAGUUAAAAAAUAUUUUAACAUACAGCAAUAAAUGUACUUCGGAGAGUUGCGUGUUUAAAAUGGAAAUAUCGGGGAUGCUCACGCGGUUGCAGCUGAGUCUCAGAAGCUUGAAAGAAGUGGAUUUUGUGAAAAGUAUUGCGUCCGAAAUGGAGGCAGAGUGUGAGGAACGAACAAGCGAGUCUUUAAGGGAUUUCGUUGUUUCGAAGCAUAAGAAUUCCGUUUCUACUAAACGAGGAACAGUAGCGUCCAUUAGCAACGAUACUAACAGCGAUGUAGAUAAUUUUAGUAAUCAAGAUGCAAAAACUUCGUCGCCGAAUAAAGUCUCAAGUCUUCGAGAUUAUCCCCCCCGUAAAGAAGAGCAUACGAGUAUCGAUUGGAAAUCAAAUAAAGAAAAAGACACCUCGGUUCUGCAUUACGCAAAAUCGCCUAACGAAACUAAUGCGAUGAGCAAUUUGAAUUUGUCAACCGCCGACUCGUCCGAAGACGUUUUUCUAAGCUCGAAGUUGAAGGAUCUCGAGGCAACUCACGCGGCGGAGAAGAAACAAUUGAUUGAACAAUGCGCCGAAUUGGAAAGAAGUCUCGAAUUGUUGAAAAUAGAGUACGAGGAAUGCGAGGAUUAUUGGACCGCUAAGUUAGAGGAGGAGAGACAACUUUUUGAACAAGAACAGAAGAUCAGCGACGAGAAGUUCUCAGAACUAAUUACUAAAAUGGCAGAGUAUGAGGAGUUAUUUAGCCCUGUGGACAAGAUAAAGAAUGGGGGACGCUUGUCUCCGAUCGAAGAAAAGUUUAAUUUGGAACAACAAUAUUUGGAUCUCGAAGAGGAAUUUGAAAAAUGUAAAUUGGAAAUGAGAGAAGAGAUCUGUCAGAAGGAUAAAGAGAUAAAAGACCUGGAAGAUAAAAUUAAGAAGCUAGAACGGCCAUUAACGUCUGAUUCAUGUGUACAAGUUACAGACGAGUUUAAUUUUUCGUCCCUGUUAACACAAUCGAAUAUGGAUAAUUCGAUUAACUGCCAACCGUCCAGCGAAUCAGUUUCAAAGUUAACUCAAUGUAACGAUAGUAUACGAAAACUGCCUCAAGAAUACAAGUUUGAUAGAAUCCUCGAGUCUUCGAAUAUGUCUGACGGUUUGAUGCCACGACUGACUGCAGACGACGUAGACAGCCGUAAAUGCGAUAUAUGUGAGAUGCAUGCGCAACAUUCAGAGAAGAACGUGAAUAACGAUAAUACAGGCAAAGUGGAACCUCAGUGGAACACGACGGAUAUUAAUGGAAAACUCAUGCACGAGAAAAGUAUUCACAACGGAGACUAUGAUUUCGUGCAAAACACGUUCAAGUUACAGAACUUAAGAGCUAUUAACUGUCAAUGUGUGAGGAACGACGCCCAAGUUUGCUGUAUAAAUAUUAAUAUAUUGCAUCACUUGAACAUGAAACUCCAGGCGCAGGAACGAAAGAAACAGGAAUUACAGAAAUUGUUCAAACAACAACGGUAUCACACUGAACACGUUUUGCAACAUAUACUGUCUCAGCACCAAGCAGAGAUCUUGGAAUUACAAUGUCUUCUUCGUAACACUCAAAAGAGGCUUCAAUUGGAGUAUCAGGCAAACGUGGUCAAGGCCGAGCAACUGGCGCGAACUGACAUCCUAGUAAAAGACUUGUACAUAGAAAAUGCUUGCUUAACAGCUAAUUUGAAACGUUUACAACAGAAUUAUCACAUGUUAACAGGGGUGAACGCCGAAUCAACUUCAAUAUGAUAUUAUAAUCAAUUGUUAUCAACAUAUAGAAAGCUCAGCUUUAUUAGUAAGAUAUUAGUAAUGAUAUUACUAAUUUUCUAACGUUAGUGCACGGGCUAGAGAGAGAUAUAUAUAUAUAAUUUAUCUUCAUUGUUAAUUGUAAUAUAUACUCUGCUCUAUUCUUUCUUUUUAAUUUUUAGAAUUUAAAAAAAAAGAAUAAACGAAAUUGUUUUUCUAAUAAUGUUAAUAUGAAAUCGCAAAGUCCUGAGGAAGCUGAGAAAGUAAUAGACGAACUUUAUUAUACCUUAAACAUGCGACUUCUGUGUCAUGGAAUUGGAUAUAUGUACAGAGAUACUGAAUGCACGAUUAGGAAAAUAAUUAUACGCAUUAGGAUGUUUUAGGCUCGAAUAAAAAAUUGUAAUUUACAUUUUGGUUGAAGGAUAACGUUGUAUUAAAAGAAGGAAUCACCUGUUAAUCAUUAAGAUCGUUGAAGUUAAUUAGAGAUUUUCACUUACGUAUAAGCAAACAGUAUUUAUUGCCAGGUUCGAAUGUUUCUACUGUGGAACGAGGAUUCGAGCAUUCAUAAAUGAACUUUUUCCUUUUGUAAUUUGUAAACUACUAUUACGAAUGUAUUCUAUUCUAUACAUAUGUAUAUCUCAGUGGAAGAAUGUGUAUAUCUUUCGCGCGAUGGAAAAAGAGGAGUGUAAUUAUGAAUCAUACUAAAAAGUUAACAUAGUUAAGUACAAAAAUCAUGUUAGUAUUACGUUCGAAUUAAUGUUGGUAAUGUUGUUCUACGGGAAUGAUUAUGUUUAGUAUUGUUUGCUUAUGUUCUUUAGCAAAUGCCAAAGAUAGGGAGUUUUUUAUUAAUAAGCAUGAAUCAUUGCUGAGUAAUUGUUUCAGCGUUUGUUACGUAUAACUUAAUCUGUUCUUGGAUGAAAUUGUUCAUAUUUAAUGAAGAUUCAAUCAAAUCAAUUUGCUCUUUUGAUACAACUGUUUAAACCAAGAAUGAUACUUGUACCAAACGAAUCUAUUUAUUGCAAAUGUAAUACGAAAUGAUAUUGUAAUACUGUUUUUCUUUAUAUUAAAGUGAAAUACAAUCAUUUCUUUUCUAUUA